AUGGACCUGCUAUCAACAGCCUUCUGGGCGGUUGCCAGUCCGAUAGUUCUUUUCCUGGCAUACACUUACCUUUCACUCCUUUGGAACUACAUCGUCGCCCUUCAAAUUGGCGUCCCGGUCCGAGCUAUCCCCAUCGAGCAGACCAACCCUUUCUGGAUGAUUAUGGAUAAGAAAGUCCUGGCCUUUCUGAAGCGAUACCUGCCAUUUUUGCGAGGCUCCAGCUUUGCGCGAUUCAACUGGCGAGGGUUUGAGAUCGUCGAGAGAUACAAGCCGCAUCAUGAACUGGGAGAUGUGUACAUGGUCUCGACUCCUGGGAAGAACUGGUUGUACCUCGGUGACCCUGACUUGGUAACGGAGAUGUUCAAGAGACGGAACGAUUUUCCGAGAUGUUCGAAGCUGACGGAGUCUCUGAACGUUUUUGGGACAAAUCUGGGCACUGUUGACGCUGCGGAGUGGAAGCGGCAACGAAAGAUUAUUGCGACGUGCUUCACUGAGCAAACCAAUGCUUUCGUGUGGAGUGAUGCCGUUACUCGCGCCCGCGAUAUGCACCGUUACUGGACUUCAAAGCCGAGUUUGACGACAGCUGCCGACGACCUUCGCACACUGUCUUUGGGCAUCAUGUCCGAAGUUGGAUUCGGGCAGUCAUCCCAGUUUCAAGGUCAUGAAGAACGGCUGGGAGCAAGCGGCACAUCGACGACCAGCUACAAGGACACACUGCAGGAGAUUUUGGAGAACUGUGUCCUAAUCAUGGCGCUGGGGCCAGAGGUUCUUGCCAAGCUUGAAAGAUGGCUUCCGAAGAAGCUGAAAAAGCUCCAGCAUGCUUGCGUGGUGUUUCAGAGCCACAUGACCAAAAUGUACGAGGAGACAAAGGCCAAGGUUUCCAAUCGGACCUCCUCUCCGACUUCGGCCGAUUCGCGAAACUUCUUGACCUCAUUGGUGCAAGCCUCACACGGGAUGACAUCGGAGGGUCUGACAGAAAAGCAAGUGUACGGCAAUAUGUUCAUGUUGGCGUUUGCUGGCCACGACACGGUAGCACACACCUUUACCUUUGCCAUGCUCUUCCUGGCAGGGUCUCCUGACGUUCAAGACUGGAUUUCGGAAGAGGUGCGGGCGGUUCUGGAAGACCGCGAUACGAAGGAUCUGGACUACGAAAAGGACUUCCCGCGUCUUCACCGAUGUCUGGCUGUGAUGUGCGAGACUAUCCGUCUGUACAGCCCAGUUGCUUUGGCCAAGUGGACAGACUCGGCCGCACAAACGCUACAGGUUGGACAGAAGGCGAUUGUUAUCCCCGCAAACACCAUGGUCAUUCCCAGCUACUCUUGUCUUCACACUGACCCCAGAUGGUGGGGAGAGGACUCCUUGACAUGGCGGCCCUCGAGAUGGAUCAGGAAGAGCGGGCCGAAGGGAGAGGAGGAGCUGAUAACACCUCGCAAAGGGACGUUUCUUGGCUGGUCCGAAGGCGUACGGGACUGCCCAGGCCGAAAAUUCUCCAAGGUUGAGUUUGUGGCCACGAUCGCGACACUGUUCAAAGAUUGGAAGGUUGAUCCAGUUCCUCUAGAUGGAGAAAAUCUGACACAAGCAAGGAAACGAGUACUGGAGUUUAUCGUGGAGGAUGCUGCUCCCGUGCUGCUGUUGCAGAUGAAUCAUCCCGAAAGAGUACCGCUGGUUUGGAAGAAGAGAUGA